CUCACCCCGAAAACCUCGCAUUUUAAUUCUUUACCAGUAAUUGUAGCGUGUAAGUGUUACGCCGUUGCCUUGGCCCUGCAAAAGCCCACUAUUAUACCCGCCCGCCAUGUCCUCGUCUAUACCGCCAGCUGCCGACGUGGCACCCAGGACCACGCCUGAAAAAAGCCAACAAACCACGGAUGCAAAGCCCCGAUCCUUGCGUGAGCGCCUCAAGCACAAAGGCAGACAUUACUUGAACAAAGCCCCGGGUUUGCUCCCCUCUUAUGCCAAAGCACGACCUUCCUCCCGGUUGAUGUCUAAUACCCUCAAAGAGAAGAUGGCGGUUCUUUGGAAGGAUGGAAAUUCCUCGCCGACAACGGACAAUGACCUGGAUGCUCCAAGGGAUAAUAGCUCUACCGAUUCGAAAAUACAAAACGUGGUCCAGGUGGUGCCGACCGGGUUACAACAACAUCCUGUAGACCAAACAGUCUCAUCCUCAGCAAAGACGGACGGAACCGAUGGAGAGGGCCCCGCAGCCAAAUCCGAAAGCCAUCGCCGAUGGAUCAAGGCUUAUCCAGGAGUGAGAAGGAAACGAGUUACCUCGACGUCUAUCCUGCCACUACAUUUGGGUGAGCUUACGGGAGUGGGUAGUCAAUACGACUUUGCCAACAGGCCGGCAUCUGCGUUGAUCUUGGGCCCGUACAAUGCAGAUUUGAAAGAAAAAGACGAUAUUAUACGCCGGCGCAGCCUGAGUCAACCAGUGACUUCAACUUGCGAUACAGACAUCCCCGAGUAUGGUCAAAACUUUUCUUUUGCUACAUACAACCCAUCCGAACUCGAUCUUCUACGAAGGCUUUCCGAGGACACAUUCCAAGCCUCGACGUCUGCCCGAGACUCCACCUUUAGCUUUACACGGCCUUCCUCUAUAAUUUCAGCUGCUAGCACGUACGACUCGUCCAUUGGCAGGGCCAGUUCCACGCCUUCUCGUCGAAGAUCUCUUUUCAGAAAGACCCUGUCAUCUUCUUCAUCUCUCAAUAUAUACCGAGAAUCGCUACGUAACCAUCGAGAUCAUGACAAGACUCCUGUGCCGCCUAUCCCGUACCUCGACCCGCAAACCAAGGAACGACUCUCGGCAUCAGCAAAUAUUCCAGUAUACCAACAUCUCAUUGCUGCAUCGGAGCCCACUGAUUCGAUCGCGUCACUUGUAUCAGUCAAGGACAGCUCGUUGACCGUGUCUGAUCAGGUGGCUUUGGCUGGUUGGGUUGCCCAGCAGCGUCGUUUGAACAAAGGUUUACUCCUCUCUUCAUCAUUCAACACACCAAAAGUACAGUCGCCGCUUGCUAGUGGACAGCGUCAGGUUGAGGAGAAUCCCGACGAAGAGUUGAGUACCAUUGAGGAACGACUCUCAGAUGCAGGACCUCCGAGUGAGUCGAUGCGUAGACUGAGUAUGGAUGAUCAUAUCGAUAGAGGUCACCUCUCUACCCCACGGAGUCAUCCAGCGAAAGCAAUGAUACCAUCCACAGGGACGAGAACCGAGACCACAUUUGAUGCUCGUUCUACAGCUCUCUCUAGCAAGGAUGAUACGGAACAUGGGUUGACUUCGGACACAUCUGUGACUGAAACUGAUACAAGCGAAACCGACGAGUCCAUGUCUGACGUUUCACAGCAAACGGAUGAGUCUUUCGAAGAGGCCUUUCUCGCUUCUUCUCUGGACCCAGCCCUCCUAGCCUCUGUCACCGCCUUGAAAGAUACGAUCACCGCACUGGUUGUCCAACGGGUUGUCGCCUGGGUGAAACCUUGUUCACCAGGACUCAAUCAGAAUUCAGGGGCUUCUGACUCUACGCAAUUCAGUGGUCAAAGUGGCCCACCGACUGAAAGUGAUGGUAAUAGCAAGAAGAGGGGAAUCGAUGAUAGAGAGAGUGAGGGUGAUGAUACCAAUGCUGGCGGCAGAGGAAACGGAGGCGAUGAUGAAAAACGUCGCAAGACAGAAAGCGCGCCAUCGGGAUCAGUACCAAAUCUUGCCUGCCCGUUUGUUAAAGAAUAUCCCGGAGAGAGAUGGCCUCGGUGCCAAAAAGGCUGGCCAAGCGUUCACCGGAUAAAGGAGCAUAUUUAUAGAUCUCACAAAGCACCGAUUUAUUGUAAGAGAUGUUUUAGAAUAGUCAAGACGGAGAAAGAACUUGAUGCACAUCUCCGUCAGGACCCGGCUUGCGAAGUCGUCAGUCCAUCUAGAGAAAUGCCAGGUAUCGAUAACGAGACUAAAGAGCGUCUCAAGUCAAGGCGGGGCAUCCAGAAUAUUUCCGAAGAGGAAAAGUGGAAGCAUAUGUACAAGGUUCUAUUUCCGAAAACCGAAGAUAUACCAUCACCAUAUUGUGAUUUGCAAAUCCUCGAGGCACCCAUGACUGCAGAAACGCGAGCUCAAUAUCGCAGCUUUCUUCGACAGGAGGUUCCCGCCCGUGUGAUACGAGACAUAAACGCCAAUGUACGAAAUAUGCCAGGGUUUCAGUUUAGCUCUGAAGUAUCUGAGCGUUCACUCUUUGAAAUGGUGUCUUCUGCAGUCUGGAAUGCGUUUGAUGAAGUCUUGCCGAGCCUGUUACCCCCGACCGAGCACAGGGAUCUCCCAACAAGCGCUCCCCCAGUCACCGAGGUUCUGGCCGAAUCUCAAGAUCAGACAUUGUCUGUUCCCUCAUUGGCUUUUCAGGAGGAGCCAAACUUUUUAAAUUCACAUCGCGAGCUUCCCAUUGUCGAAACCGAGGCAGCACAAGACUUUCAUGAUACAAGUACAGAGGAUCCAAUUGCUAGCUUGGAGCUGUUAGAUCCUGGAAAUGUUGCAGUCAGAAAUCUGGACUUUGAUCAGCUCGGGGAAUUUGGGAAUGGUCUUAAUCCUGUUGUUUAUGACUUUAACUUUAACCUUCUGCCAUAUUAAGAUAUGUAGAGGAUAUAGUACUGGAUCGGACCAACGAUUGGCAUUGUAUAUCUGAUGCUCACGUAGUCUUACCAAGCAUCUCAUCACUGGCCAAUUCAUAACUGGGCCAAUUAAGCUGUAUAGAUCCUAAGCAGAUUACUUUUCCCUUGAACUUUGUUGGGCCUUGCCGUUUUCUAUUCACCUCGAUAGUUCAGAUAUGACAACACUGUAUCAACCUUAAUGCAUCAUUAAAC